GAACUAAGGAAUAAACGAAAGGAAGACAAAGGGAAAGUGAAGGGAAACGACGAAAGGGAAGACAACAAAAGGGAAGAAUUAGAUGACAAAGGGGAAGGUGAGGAAAAGGAAGAAUUAGGCGACGAAGGGGAAGGCGAUGAAAGGGAAGAUAAAAGGGAGCAAGAAGAAAAUGAAGGGGAAGGUGAUAAAAAGGAAGGUAACGAAAAGAAAGGGGAAGAAGGUGACGAAAAGGAAGAUGAAAAAGAAAAAAAUGAAGGGAAAGACAAAAGGGAAGAAUUAGAUGACAAAAGCAAGAAGAAGACAAUGAAGAAAGGUGAUAAAAGGGAAGGUGAAGGUAACGAAAAAGAAGGGAAAGGUGACGAAAGGGAAGAUGAAAAAGAGUGA